AUGGCGGCCUCCAUUAGACGGAGUGGUGUUUUCCUGACAACCCGAGUCUGUACUCCCUUUAUCGGCAGAUAUUGUUCAUCGGUUCCUACUGGAGAGUCUGGUCAAAGUACCAGCGAUAUAUCAAAAGAUAAUGUAAAGAUUGAAUCUGGCGGGUUUGCGAAAGCUUUUGCAAAAUAUACUCAGGACACUAGACCUUCCGAGGAUGAGAGAGAUGUUCAACCUCCCAAGUCAUUUGUCACCCUUCUGAGGUAUUCUAAACUCAUGCAGUUGGGCGAUCCUCAAGGCAAAGUGGUCGAGGGCACCAUCUUCCAUGUAGUUGGAGAUGACCUUUAUAUUGACUUUGGGAGCAAGUUUUACUGUGUUUGCUUGAGACCGCAACGAAACCCAGCGAGUUUUGUGAGAGGAGCCAGAGUUCGUCUUCGACUACAGGAACUUGAACUUUCUACACGAUUUCUGGGGUCGUCUACAGAUAUGACAAUACUAGAAGCAGACGCAUCACUCCUGGGUUUAAUUCGCACAAGAAAAUUAGAAACAGUCAACCAGUAGUAUAUUUUGUGUAUUAGAUAAGUGCAGUCAUGACUUAGCAUUGUUUGUAUAUAUGCAAAAAUACCAUGUUAAAAUUUGUAGUUAAAAAUUGUAGCAUAGGUAAUUCCUUUUUAUUUUUUCUUGUAAAGAUAUUGAAAUGUGUUAAUAAAUUAAAACUGCAAUUGUAUCUUCAUGUUUUCCUAUAAAUUUCUUGCAAAUUA